AUACAACAGAGGUCAAGAUAUUCAUAAUGUAACUUUAUUGUGUAUGUAUAUUUUUAAAAAUCUUUUGCUGUUUAUAAAUUUAUAUGUUUAUAGAAUGUACCCCUUCUGCAAAUAUUUUUAAUAGUAUGUUUACAAAAUUGACUAUGUACUUUUACUUAAGGUAUCUUGCAAUUAAGCUGUUGAAUAAUCAUUAAAUGUUAAUCAAUUUUUGCCGGUGCUGCAGCCAGAAUAUUUAAACGCUCAGAAGAUGACUUCAUUAACAACCAAUGCACCUUCUUCUGCUGAUGCAUGUCUCAGUAUUGUUCAUAGUUUAAUGUGCCAUAGACAAGGUGGUGAAAGUGAAGGAUUUGCCAAAAGAGCUAUAGAAUCUCUAGUUAAAAAACUCAAAGAAAAGAGGGACGAACUAGAUUCGCUAAUUACAGCAAUAACUACCAGUGGAGCACAUCCAAGCAAAUGUGUUACUAUUCAAAGAACUUUAGAUGGUAGACUACAGGUUGCUGGAAGAAAAGGUUUUCCUCAUGUGAUAUAUGCUCGAAUAUGGAGAUGGCCUGACCUGCAUAAAAAUGAGCUCAAACAUGUGAAAUACUGUCAGUUUGCAUUUGAUUUAAAAUGUGACUCUGUUUGUGUCAACCCCUAUCAUUAUGAAAGGGUUGUGUCUCCAGGAAUUGAUUUAUCGGGAUUAACGCUACAAGCUGGAGGCACAAGAUUGAAAGAUGAGUACACUGCAGGUCCUGUUCCUGGAAAUAGUAUGGAAGUGGAUGGAGAAAUUGCAAUGGGAGUGUCUCAGACAAUUCAGCACCACCCACCUCAACAAGACUAUAAUUUAAGUGAUCUCCAAUCCCCUUCAGCUGGUGAUCAAGGACUAUAUAGUUCAACAAAUAGGGCAGUACCUACACUACCAAAUUUUGAAGUGGGCUCAGACACAUGUUCCAGAUCUAAAUGGGUACCACACAUGUAUAUGCAUCGUUCCAAUCAAAGUUCCGCCCAACCAAAUUCUAUCAGUAAUCAAUCUUCAACAACCCCAAAUGAAACAAUCCAUGCCACAACAAGUCAUAGCAACCAGAGUCGGUUUUACAAUACUUCACAAACCUCAGCAAAUAAUGACAGAUCAAUUCAAGGGGGUAAUUCUCCAGUUUCAGCACAUGUGCAGCAAAAUGUCUUCAAUGUUAAUGGCAAUGUAGCUCCAAACGCAAAUGGGUUAACUGCAGAUACUAGUCAACCAGUCACCACCAUCUCUCAAGGGUUUACGGGUGCUGGUGGUACAUGGACCGGUUCCAAUACUCUUACUUACACUCAAUCCAUGCAACCUCCAGAUACAAGAAAUCAACAUAAUUAUUGGAAUCACAAUUCGCCAAGUCAAAUGGGGUCUGAUGUCACCAUCUCUGGUUUGCUAUCUGCACAACCUGCUCCAGAAUAUUGGUGUUCAGUGGCCUACUUUGAAUUAGACACCCAAGUUGGGGAAACAUUCAAAGUUCCAUCAAAUUGCCCCAGCGUCACGAUUGAUGGUUAUGUUGAUCCAUCAGGCGGAAACCGAUUUUGUCUUGGAGCUCUUAGUAAUGUGCAUAGAACUGAUCAAAGUGAGAGGGCUAGGUUGCAUAUUGGCAAAGGAGUUCAGUUGGAUUUGCGAGGCGAAGGCGAUGUUUGGUUGCGAUGUUUGAGUGAUCAUUCAGUUUUUGUCCAAAGCUAUUAUUUAGAUAGAGAAGCGGGGCGCCAACCAGGGGAUGCUGUUCACAAAAUUUACCCUCAGGCCUACAUUAAAGUAUUUGAUCUUCGGCAGUGCCAUCAUCAAAUGACGACGCAGGCUGCAACUGCCCAAGCUGCUGCAGCAGCUCAAGCGGCUGCUGUUGCAGGUCAUAUUCCAGGACCGCAUUCUGUAGGUGGAAUAGCUCCAGCUAUUAGUUUGUCUGCGGCAACGGGCAUUGGGGUUGAUGAUUUGAGGAGAUUGUGCAUAUUACGCUUGAGUUUUGUGAAAGGUUGGGGUCCCGACUAUCCACGACAAUCUAUUAAGGAAACUCCGUGUUGGAUUGAAGUACAUCUGCAUCGAGCUUUGCAGUUACUAGAUGAAGUUUUGCAUACAAUGCCAAUUGAUGGUCCAAGAGGUAUCGAGUAAUGAAAAGUUUUUUUUUUAAGUAAGCAACAAAAAGCAGAGAUAAACAGACACAAUGAAGCAUUAAAUGGUUCAAUGUGUGAACUUGCGGUUUGCCAUAAUCUGAUGCUAUACCAAAACUUUAAUAUCAAUUAAUAAUAGACAAUUUGGAGCCAAAUUGUUGUGCCAUAACAUAUUUUUUAAAUUGAAUGAAAGAAAAGGUGCAAGUAGGAUACUUAAUUUAGGCUGUGAUUUAUGAAAUUAAUGUAGAUGUAGAAAGUUUUUUUUAUUUGACUGCAACAUAUAAAUUAAUUCAAGUUUGUUUUGACUUGAAAAAGCUUUUAUUCAUUUAAAAUAUUUAUUUUAGUAUCCCAGAUGCUCUUUAUUAUAUUAAUGCUCAUAUAACACUUAAUUAAGGUAUCAUGUGUAUAUUACUGGUUUAUGUAGCAGAAAUUGUUGGUAUAAGUAGGAACUUGACUGAAGCUUUUGUUGAUCUCUUUUAACACCAAACUGGUUCAAGUAUAUAAAUAAGACUGCCGUGCUUUAUGUUUAGUUACUAUGUAAUUUUAAACAGUGAUCAACACAACUGUGCAUUGGAUAGUUUCCUUAAAUAGGCAGAAAAUGAGCCUUAUCUUAAGAUCUUAAGAUAUAGGCAGUGCAUUGCAGUAGGGUUGUAUAAUUGACUGGUCAAUUGACCACACAGUUAAAAAUACCGUGAAAUUGAGAAUCGCUGAGUAUCAUAUUCGGAUAUUUCUUGAAGAGGGUUAUAGGUAAAUACAACAUCACAAACGCACUCUACAAUAGCAAGAUGUUAUUUAAACUAUUUUUUAAAUAGUCAAUUAAGAAGUGGUCAAUUGACGAUUAAUUGAUCAGUCCCAACACAACAAAUACCUAAUCAAUAAAAACACAUGCAAUUCAGAUUAUUUUAAGAAUUUCAAAUAAUUUACUUAAUCCGAUUAGGCUUGCGUAGACAACGGGGAAAAUUACUAAGGAAGUUUUGAUUUUAAAGAACAUAAUGAAUUCAAUUAAUGUCAGAGAGAACUUUUGCAGCGCGUGCUUUGGGCCUUGCCGUUAAAAACUAAAGUCCCAAAAUAAUAUAUAAGUGAAUACUAGUCAUUAAUAAUCCUAUUAUAGUAAUUGCCAAAUAAAAAAUACUGAUUGUGACAUCAGUGAUCUAA